AUGUGGAUCCCUAUCACUUUUUGGUUUAUACCUUCCUUGCUCAAGUUUGUUCCGGCUGUGUCCUACUGCCUUCUGCAUCAUGCCAUUGCAGCAUCUCCCAAAAAGGAAUCAAACCCUCGCUCUCGCUAUGUUCAAGAAUUGAAAUGGCCCAAGAAUGGGUUGCCAACCUCUCCUCAAACUAUUCAUCAUUUUAGUACAGUUUUCAACAAAGGGGCAUUUUCUAACAACUUGGCAUCAAAGGAUGCCCCUUCCAAACUUGACCGUAGUCCUUUACCCAAUCAAUGCAACUUGGAGCUUUGA